GUAGUUCGUAAUCAGACUCGCUUCCGUGUAGCCUACCUUAGGUGGAGGAAUCCGCUUUUCAAAGGCAGACGGAUGUGAACUGAUUGAUCAGGUUUUGGUGAAUUUAUGGAAACAUGUCAAAGAAAAGGGGCAGGAAGCGUAGCAGUGGGGAGUUAAGUGAAAGCUCGGCGUCGACCCUGAGCCCAGACCCCGAUAACCUUCUUGGCCGUAGGAUUCAGCACACCUGGAGGGAGAAGGGGAACGUGACCAAAUGGAAGGGAACCGUUCUGGAGCGCCUGAGUGUGAACACCUCCCUCUACAUGAUCAAAUACGACGGUUUUGACUGCGUCUAUGGCAUUGAGCUCUUCAAAGACAACCGGGUGUCCAACCUGCAGGUUUUGUCAGAGAAAGUUGUAAACAACAAGAUCAAGGUUCCUCCGGGGGCCGAGGAGCUGGUGGGCAGAGCAGUGGAGCAUCUGUUUGAAAAGGAGGAUGGGGAGAAAAACGAGUGGCGAGGCAUGGUCCUGUCCCGCGCCCCCAUCAUGACCCACUGGUAUUACAUCACCUAUGAAAAGGACCCGGUGCUGUACAUGUACCAGCUGUGGGACGACUACAAGGACGGAGAUCUGCGUGUUCUGCCGGAGUCGGAGAACAAACAUCUGCUGCCUGCAGACAGGAAGCCAGGUGAGGAGCCAGAGAGCCUUGUGGGUAAACAGGUGGAGUAUGUCACAGAUAACGGUCUGAAGAGGACAGGCUUGGUCAUCUACCAGGUUCCUGCAAAACCCACCGUAUACUACAUAAAAUACGACGAUGACGUCCACAUCCACGUCUACGAUCUGGUGAAGACGACUUAGUACUGACUGAUCCAAACCAAACCUCGCCUCCCAUUUCUUCUAACCGGUCGUUACCUGUUUAAGUGUUUGGGUUUCCCUCCAGUGGGAGGAGUGCCAUUCUAGACCAUCAACCCCAUGUUUUUGUUUUAUUUUACGUAUUCUAUAUUUUUAUUAUUUUUCCACCACAAGGGCCUUCCUGCACUCUGGCAUUUCAGACACCUUCAUAUAUCAACCACCAUCCUGUCCUCUUCAUUGUAAAUAGAGCAGUUGUAAAGCUCGGCAGAUGAAAUGAAGCUCAAAUCCUUGUUUUUGGUGAAAUCACACUUGUAUAGUGCAAUAUUCAAACUUCUUUAAGCAGCACAUCAGACAUUUUUACUUUUGCCUAUACAUCUGUGUUUUGCUAUCAUUCGACUUAUUUAUUUUAUCUGGAAAAUGUAGCUAAGCUGCGGGUAAAACAAAAAUGUGUCUGCUGUGCUUUCAGUCUGUAGCCUUGAUUUGUUGAAUAUAAGAUGGUAUUUCUUUCACCAACGUGCUGAAAUGGACCAUCGCAGUAAACUCCAGUCUCCGUGUAAAAGUGCUCAUGUCGUGGAUAGAAAACAGAGAGUAGCAUAAAAGACUUCACCUGUUUUUUUUUUUUCCAUCACGUAAACUGUACUUUUAUUUUUUUACAUUAUGUAUCAAAAUUUCUGGUGUUAAAGUGGAGUUUGAUUCAAACAGUGUUUGUGCUGCACACCACGUCUGUAGUUCAACAUGGCUACCAGCUGUGGUUAAUACUUUUUUUGUUGUUUUUUUUGGGCUCAUGUUUGCAUUAUUGCCAAAAAAAAUUGAAAUGUUGUUCAUGGUGACCCUGAAUAUGUUAUGUUAUGUAAAUAGUAUGACAUUUUUAUGAACAUUAAACAAAGCUGCUUGAAAUUUUA